UUCUUCGGUCGCAGGGCAGCAGCAUCAGCUGCGGAGUUAGACAGAUCGUUCCACGAGCAUCCGAUCGAGAAUCGGCAGCAUUUUUGGUGUAAGAAGUAGGCGCAAUGGUGUCCGGCUCUGGGCUCUGCGCCAAGGUCGUGGUGGUCGAUGCUCGCCACCACAUGCUCGGUAGAUUGGCAUCCAUUUUGGCAAAGGAGCUUCUCAAUGGGCAGCGCGUGGUCGUUGUACGAUGCGAAGAAAUCGCUCUUUCAGGUGGACUUGUCCGCCAAAAGAUGAAAUAUUUGAGAUUUUUGAGGAAGCGAAUGAACACCAAGCCCAGUAAGGGACCCAUUCAUUUCCGUGCACCCUCUCGCAUUCUGUGGAGGACCAUCCGUGGUAUGAUUCCUCACAAGACGAAGCGUGGUGCUGCCGCACUUGAGCGCCUAAAGGCCUUUGAGGGUAUUCCCCAGCCCUAUGACAAGAUGAAGAGGAUGGUCAUCCCUGACGCUCUCAAGGUUUUGAGGUUGCAGCCCGGACACAAGUUUUGCUUGCUUGGUCGCCUUUCAUCAGAGGUUGGAUGGCACCAUUAUGACAUCGUCAAGGAAUUGGAAGAGAAGAGGAAGGUCAAGUCCAAGGUGUUUUACGAGAGGAAAAAGCAGCUCAUUCAGCUCCGUCUCAAGGCCGCUAAGAAGGCUGACGAGCAGCUUGCAGAUGUCAGUGCCACUCUUCUUCCCCUUAGCUACAAGGUCGAUGCUACUGCCUGAAAUUGCAGUAACACCUGACCACUUGGCUCACAACCUUCUUGUAGGCCCUUCACAAGGGAUUAAUUAUCUGUUAUUACAUGAAGACAAUUUUGUUGAAAUGGUCUUCACGAGAUUCGAGUCUAAGAAUUGAGAAUGUAUUAUUUCAAUCCAUUCACUUGCCCGAUUAUUCUGUCCACUGUUUACGAUGGAUGGAUGUCAUAUACGGUGUAUUGCACACUGUACAGACGUAUGUAGUUCUGUCAACAACAAAUGUUGAUACUGUCACAUCUCGUAUACCUGGAAGAUUGUAACUGAAUGUCUAUCCACACCGAAUUCUCGUGUGUUCGUCGGUGUGGUGGCUCAAGUUUUGGGACUUGAGGUUUACUUGUCAAUAGGCGAGAUGACACACCGUGGAUGCUGAUUGUGAAUAUGAAAAGCUGAUUGAGUC